CAGCCCCGACGGAUUUGGGCUUCAGCAAGGUCGGGCCAGACACUAUGGAAAUCACCUGGGUCUCUCCCCGGGUCCCCAACACUGCUGAUAUCAACAACUUCCUCAUUAGGUAUCACCCCAUUGACGAUGAAGAUGACAGUACAGAAACCAGCGUAGGAAGCAGGAUUAACAAUGUGGUGCUAAGGAACUUGCUGCCUAAUACAGAAUAUCUGGUGAGCGUGGUGUGUGUUUAUGAGCACAGAGAGAGCUCGCCCCUCGUCGGCACCCAGAAAACAACUCUGGAUUCACCAGUUGGCCUGCGUUUCUCUGAGGUCUUCACCAACUCCUUCACCAUCCACUGGCUCGCUCCACAGAGCAAAAUCACUGGAUACCGUAUCCGUUACCAGAUGGUCAGCGGCGGGAGGGCCAAGGAUGAGAGGCUGCCCCCCUCCAGGAACCACUUCACCCUGACCGGCCUCACACCAGACACAGAGUACUUGGUCAACAUAUUUGCAGUGAGCGGGACACAAGAGAGCCUGCCGCUCAGUGGGAAACAGAAGACAAUCUCUGACGCUCCCACAGACCUGGAAGUGCUAGACUCCUCCCCCACCAGCAUCACUGUCCGCUGGGACGCACCACCUGUCACCGUGCGGUACUACAGGAUCACUCAUGGAGAGUCCGGAGGUCACAGUAAUCCUAAGGAGUUCACAGUGCCUGGCUCUCAGUCCACUGCCACAAUCAAUAACCUGAAGCCUGGUACUGAAUACACUGUCACUGUCUACGCUGUGACUGGUAGAGGAGACAGCCCUGCAUCCAGCACACCAAUCUAUGUCACACACAUGACAGGCGUCGACUCUCCCUCUGAAAUGGAGGUCAUGGAAGUGAAUGACAAGAGUGUCACAGUGAGGUGGAGCCCUGCCCAAGGCCCAAUCAAGGGAUACAGGGUGACUGGGGUCCCCAGAAAUGGACAGGGACCGUCUUUCACGGAGGUGGUGGCUCCUGACCAGACAGAGAUUACUUUCUCAGGACUGAUGCCCACAGUAGAGUAUGUUUUGAGUGUUUACGCUCUUGGACAAGAUGGAGAGAGCUCUCCAUUGGUAGUGAAUGCUUUAACAAAUGUAGACCAUCCCAAGGACCUGACCUUCUCAGAUGUCGACUCCACCUCACUGAAAAUCACCUGGGACAGUCCUGAGGGAAUUGUUACAUCUUACCGGGUCUUGUAUUCAAGUCCAGAGGAGGGUGAGAGAGAGCUGCGCCCCGCUCCCAGAGGAGAUGCCGAGUCCACUGUUAUCUAUGGUCUGCAACCUGGCACUGAGUACACUGUAAAGGUCAUCGCUCUGCAUGAUGACACAGCCAGCACACCACUGGUUGGGACACAAGCCACAGCCAUCUCAUCCCCCACCAACCUCCAGUUCUCCCAGGUUACCCCUACCUCUUUCACAAUGCGCUGGUCUAUGCCGGGUCAGGAAAACCGACUAACUGGGCUAACAGGCCUCACAGGCUACCGUGUGGUGGUGAAUCCAAAGGACAAGAGCGGCCCUACCAAGGAGAUGAACUUGGCCCCAGACGCCACACAGGCACACAUCUCUGGACUCAUGGUUGCAACUACCUAUGAAGUCCAUGUUUAUGCCUUGAAAAACUCUCUAACCAGCAGGCCAGUCAAAGGAGAGGUCACCACUCUGGAGAAUAUCAGCCCCCCUCGUCGUGUACGUAUCUCUGAUGUUAACGACUCUUCCAUCACUCUGAGCUGGCGCUCCAAGACAGAAAUCAUCUCUGGCUUCCUGGUUGAGGCCACACCCACCUCCUCUUCUUCAGGCUACGUACCAAUUCAAAAGACCAUUGAUGCUGACUCACGCUCAUACACUAUUACAGGUCUGGAGCCAGGCACCAAUUACAAGAUCAGCAUCUAUACAUUGAAAGGGAAUGGACGCAGUGCACCUUUCACUCUGACCGCCACCACAGCCAAACCGGUGCUCAUCCCACCCACCAAUAUCCGCUUCACCUCCCUGAACCCUGACAGCAUCUCUUUCACCUGGGAGCCAUCACGCAGUCCAGGGGUUACUGGGUAUUAUGUCACCUAUGAGGAAGCCGGGGGUUUGCCUCAUGAAGUUAUCCCCAGACCCCACGCAAGCCAGAUCUACGCCAUUAUCAAUGGUCUGAAACCAGGGACUGAGUAUGUCAUUAAAAUUGUGGCCCUGCAGGGUGCUUUGAGAAGCAUACCUCUAGUAGGCAAAGCCAGAACACAGCCAGCUAUAGAUCCGCUACUGGUCCCCGAAUUACCACCGCUUCCUGUUCCUCACCAACCCAGAACUGACAUCCUGGAUGUUCCAGAUACCUUCAAUGACAGGAUUUUCGACUCCAACCAUGUUCACCUGUCUGGUACUAGUGGCCAGAACCAACCAGGUCAGCAGGGCCAGCACAUCUAUACAGAGUACCAGAGCCUAGGCCCUAAUAACGGACUUCAUGGUCCAUAUGGUGGACUCAAAGAAGGCCAGAGACCGACUCUCAGAGAACCUCUGGUCUACAUUCCUGUAGCAGGCCCUGAUGGAAACAGAAUACCCUUGGUCAGGGUGAGUGACGGUCCUCUGCCAGGUCUUGCGUUUGGUUUCCCUGACAACGAAACAGAGUUGCCCCAAGAAGCACAGACGAUCACAACCAUCUCCUGGCAACCCGUUCCUCAGACGUCAGAGUAUGAGGUGUCCUGUAAUCCUAUUACACACCUGGAGGAAAGGGGUUUCCAGAUGCGUCUUCCUGGCAGCUCCAACAGUGCCACGCUAAUUGGAUUGACAUCCGGAGCUUCCUAUAACGUGAUAGUCGAGGCCAUGAGGGACGGGGCUAAAGAGAAGGUUUUAGAGGAAGUCAUAACCGUUGGCAAUGCUGUUCCAGGUGACAUCCCCAUCACCACCAACCGGGACGUGUGUUACGACACAUUCACACAAACCUACCAUGAGGUGGGCUCAGAAUGGGAGCGCAUGUCUGAGACGGGCUUCAAGCUGUGGUGCCGCUGCCUGGGGCUGGGCAGUGGUCAUUUUAGGUGUGAUUCAUCCAAGUGGUGUCAUGACAACGGUAAUAACUACCGCGUCGGUGAGAAGUGGGAUCGCCGCGCUGAGAACGGUCACAUGAUGAGCUGCACUUGUCUGGGCAAUGGCAAGGGAGAAUUCAAAUGUGAACCCCACGAGUCCACAUGUUACGAUGAUGGGAAAAUGUACCAGGUGGGAAACCAGUGGCAGAAGGAAUACCUGGGCGCUAUCUGUACUUGUACCUGCUAUGGAGGACAACAGGGCUGGCGUUGUGAGAACUGCAGAAGACCCGGAGGACAUACAGAUUUGGAAGCUGACCUUCUUCAACCUGUUCGUUCAGAUGCCUUUGACCGGUACAGAGAAAACGCUCUACGCAAACUGAACAUCCAGUGUCCGAUUGAAUGCUUGAGGCCAGAGUUGCUUGCAGAUGCUGACAGCACCUCAGGGUAGAGAAGCAAGGAGGGGUAUAAUUAAAGGAGGCUGAAGAAGUGAGAUUCCUUCCAGCAUCGCUGCCACUUCAAUAAAAAAGCCUCCUCCUGUUUUCAUUCACAGGAAGACAUUUCCAUCAGAUCUGUCCCUUUAAAGGCUUUCCCCUCGCCAAAUUUAAGUGCCUUUUAAAAAGACUUUUAUACACCAACCUCUGUUUCUCUUUUCAAAGAUCUGUCCAACUUUUCACGUUGGUUGCGAUCCUUUCUUCUUCAAUAGAAACAAGGAUUUCUUCAAUCAAUGAAUUUUUGACAUCAGAACACAAAUCCUGCUGCUUUUUCAACUCAAACCUGCCUAACCCAAACAUACUGUUGAGACACACACACACACACACAUACACAUACACACACCAGAUGCAGUAUUGUUGUGUAUUUUUACUGUUGCAUUGAGGCUUUUUAUUUUGAUUAAAACAUUCCAUGACAAUUUUCUUGCUUUGACCAAGACAAAACACACCACCACUUGUGUCUGAUAAUAACUUUUGGCUCCUUAGACAUGUCCAAUAGAGGAGAGUGUGAGUUUAUUUCAAAAGGAAUUCCAAAGCCAUACAGUAUUUCCAUUGUUGCCAACAACAACUUUUAUAUUUCCUGUCUCAGCUUGACUGACCUAAACGGACAUGACAGUCAGAUUUAAAUAAAAUUGAUUUGACAGUUGACUCAGUAUGCUUUGUAAUGAGUUAAUUUGAUGAGCAGAGCAACAGCUCACUGAGAUUUGUCUUUGAAUAACCACAAAUUCAAAACAACGAACCUUCCUUAAAAAGAUAAGCACUGUUACUUUUAAGUUGCUAUUAAAAAAUGUUGCCUUGCUAUUAUUACAGUACAGGCUUUUGAAGUCACCAUGUAGAUGUGAUGAUCUGAUCUGUAAUGUCGGUGUGUUUUUUUUAAUUUUUUUUUAAAACUAUAUAAGGUAUAAUGCACCUCUAAAACGCUAUAAUGCAAAAGCGUCCUGACCAAAAGUUAUGUCAUUUGAAAAAUGGAUUGGAAAAUUCACCAUUAUUUCCAAGUGAAAUGCAUUUUAAUUACAUCAGUGUUUGUAUUUUAUUUUUAUUCAUUUCUUUUAUUUAUCCCUUUUUUUUAUUCAGGCAUUUUGUUCAAAGCUUUUUUGGGGUGUACACUUUAUUUUUGAUUAACUUGUUUUAAUAUUGUUGGUGCCAAAAUCUGAACUACUGUAGACUGAAUCUUUUUAAUAAACUGAAAAAAAAAUC